GAUCUAGAGAAGCGAAAACCUUCCGAAUCCAAGAAUACCAUUCCAGAUCUGAUAUGUCUUUUGGUUGCAUUUGUCCUCCUCAGCAUCACCAUCUAAAACAUCCUUCACAGAGAGUUGAGUUUCUGCCGUGAAGAUCAUGACUUCAUCAAUAUUUUCCUCAGCCAGCAAUCUCAUACUACACGCGUCACUCUCUCUCUCCCUCACUCUAAUCCUCAGGUUCCUCAAAAUCCCUACUCUCCUCCUUCAUGGCCUCAACACUUACAUCCACCCAGAUGAUGUCAACCCCACCAGUAAUUCUCAACAGGGUGUUAGAGCUGCGAUUCGUAGGCCAGGUAUGCUUGACUCUGAGCUCAAACCCAGGAAAAAAUCUAAAGAAAAAUUCGAGUUUGACGAAAGCAAAGCCCAGAUCUUUAGACUAAAGCUCAAUGACAGUCACCUCCAGUCCCGGCUCUAUUGCAAUGAGUUUUCUAGAACUUUCUAUGUUAUAAUUGUGGCCGCUUCUUGCUUAUUGCUGCAGAAUUUUUUGCCUGUAUCUAAAGAUUCGGGGGUUCUGGCAAAUGGGUCUAUAGUUCCAAUUUUGUUAGGGUCUGCGGGUGUUGGUAAAAUUUCAAUAUUGAUUGCUAGGGUUUCAUUGGAAAGGUCUGCGUCCAGGAGGUCGGAGAAGGAACUGAGUUUUAUAUUGGGUGUCUUGGGGUUUUUGUUAGGGCUAACUAUUGUUUUUCAAAUUGCUCCUUAUUGGCUUCUUGAUUUUGGGUUUGGAUCAUUGGAUGGGUUGGGGAAGUUUUCAGUUGCUGUUUUUAUGGGCUGCAUUGCUGGUUUUUUGUAUAUGCCGGCGUCAAGGAAUGCCAGGGCAUUUUGGCUUGGAACAGAUCAGAUUCGUUGUAAUUUGUCAAUAAUUUCAUGUGGAUGGAUAGCAAGAAUGCUUCUUUAUGCCAACUAUUUAUUCACUGUGUUCACUUCAUUGCUUUGGAUUAAUCCAUUUGCUGAUAUCCUUGUUAACAAGAAUAUUGAUGGUAGGAAAGGAUCACAAUUCAAUGGUACUGUUAUAGAUGCUGAGAAGUUGGUUGGAAACAUGGGCUUGUCGAGAUCUGAUCUUGAUAAAUUUAGGCUCUGGUGUUUGUUGGUUUCGGGUAUUUUACAAAUUGUGACUUUGCGUCCGAAUGUACAAAUGUUCUUGAAUGAAGCAAUGUUGUGUUGGUAUCAGAGAUUGCAUGCCAGCAAGUUUCCGGACUUGGAUUACAGUAGGGCAAAGGUUUUUCUGCACAAUCACUACCUUUGUCUUGUAGUUUUGCAGUUUUUUGCACCGCCUGCACUGGUACUUCUCUUUCUUGGCUUAUCUCAAAUUGCUGAUAACUUUGGUUUGGUUAAAGAAGUAGCUUUGUUUGUGGCUUGGUGGGUUGUCCUUGUUUGGGCCAUGUUUACUUCAACAAUCCUCGCUCUCUAUCGACGUGGCAUUCUCUAUCUUUCAUGAUGACUUUGCUUCCAAGUUCUCAAAAUACAGCUAUCCAGUUCGACUUCUGUAUGAUUUGGAGUGUUGUACUUGUAUAGGUACCCUCUCCUUGUUUUUGAUUGCCGAGUAGAAAUUUUCCGGCACUGUUUAACUUUUUGGCCUUCUUACCAUUUUUCCAAGUUUGGUUCUUGAUCUCUUUUGUUAACUAUGCUUUUAAUAUGGAAUCAAACUUGUAGCUUACCAAAGGCAAUACUAUAAAUGCUUGAAGGGAUAUAUAUUUCUAAUUUAGGUUAGUAUACCUGGAAACUGAAUUGAUGGGCAUAAACGUUCUGCAUUCACUUUCUUUUUUUAUAGUCAUAAUUGAGGGUUAAGUUGUUUUGCUGGUCUUGUAUAUACUCGUCUAAUAGAACAUGGUAUGAGGAUAUUCAUUGUGAUUAUAACCUGGUCAACAGUCGAAGUUAAAAUUCUUGGCUUCCGCAGAAUAACAUUAAGGUGAGAAGAUCGAGACAAGAAUUUUCAAAAAUAUGGCACUAUUCUGUGUAAACUUGUCCCAUGGCUACUUGAUGAUUCUUAUAACCCAGACUUGUAUUCCAAACAAAGUGGGUUGAUCUAUGGGGUGAUUGCAUCAAUAUCUCGGCAAUUCUUGAAUGUGUGUACAUUUAAAUCUGAUAAUGUCUUGUAUGAGUCUCAUAGGUAAAAUCCCAUAGUGCUGUGAGUUCAAAACUAGCAAAGGUCAAUGCUUUAAAAAUGCAUCAUGAUAAUGCUCUUUAGGAUCAGAAUGUCUUUCGCAUUUUGAGAGUGGUUCGAUUUCCUAUCCUUGAUGAUUGGGGAAAAAUUUAGACUUUAUUCGCUCUAUCUUGGUGUUUUGAAAAGUCUCACAACUGGAAGUUUUUAAUUUGUUGUCAGUGUAAGAAAUUUAGGAUUGAAUUUAUUUCUAUUAUAAAAAAUUACUGAAUUUUCAGUGGGUUAUAUUUUGUCUAUUGAGGAACUCAAACUGUCUGCUUUAGAAAAUAUGAGAGCUGACUAAUAGGAUUAGGGAGUUCUUAACUAGAUCACUAAAAUUUAAGUCACGAGUAGAAAUUUCAGAGUGAUAGCCUU